UGCUCACAUUAUCUUAAGAAGAAAAAAAAUGGCAAACAAAAGUUGUGAAUCAGUCCUUUUUUUCUUCCUCUUCUUAGUCAUAAGCUUCAAUGCCAUCUCUGUUUCUGCACAAAAGUGUGACAAUAUUACUGGGACUUUCAAACCGAAUAGUCCUUAUGACAAGAACCGCCAACUCAUCCACUCUACUCUCGCUUCUAACGUCACGGCUCAGGCUGGCUACUACUUCAUCGGUUCGAUUGGGAUUUCUCCUGACCAAGUCUACACCAUGGGGAUGUGCGCUCAAGCUGCAGAAAAUGAUGUUUGCGCUCUCUGUAUCAAGACCACAUCAGAGAGUUUAUUACAAAGCUGUCCUAACGAGGCAGAUGCUUUCUUCUGGUCAGGUGAAGAAACCCUUUGCCUUGUUCGCUACUCUAACCGCCCUUUCUCUGGUUUACUCGAUAUGGAGCCACGUGGAGCGAUUUACAAUACAGGAGAACUCAAUACGAAUCUGACUGAGUUUGAUAUCUUGUGGAAAAACUUAACGUCUGGUAUGAUCGCCGGAAUAACUUCUUCUUCAUCAGGCGCUAACAAUUCGUCUAAGUACUACACAUACGCCUUAGCUCCAGUGCCCGAUUUUAAGAACAUAUCAGCAAUGAUGCAAUGCACACCAGACGUUUCUUCAGAGAAUUGUAGCACUUGUUUACGAACAAACGUUGACGACUAUGACAACUGUUGCCGUGGAUACCAAGGCGGCGUUAUAUCACGGCCAAACUGCUUUUUCCGAUGGGAAGUGUAUUCAUUCUCUGGUGCUAUUGAUCAGAUUAAUUUACCAAAGUCACCGCCGCCUUCUCCUACAACUUCUCCUGUAGCCAACUUACCCAAGAAAGAUAGAAGAAUCUCAGGAGGAAGUAUCUCUGGGAUAGUUGUUGUUAUUGUUGUUACGAUAAUAUUGAUUGUUGUAAGCUUGGUUAUUUUCAAGAGAAGAAAGCAAAAACAAGAUAUUGACUUACCAAGUGACUUAAUUAUGGUUUCAAAUGAACCGGAGUCUGUUCAAUAUGAUUUAAAGACUAUUGAAUCCGCGACGAGCAACUUUUCCGAACGUAACAAGCUUGGUAAAGGUGGUUUUGGUGAGGUUUACAAGGGUAUGCUCAUGAAUGGCACUGAAAUUGCGGUAAAGAGAUUGUCGAAAACAUCAGGACAAGGUGAAGUAGAGUUCAAGAAUGAGGUUGUUGUUGUUGCAAAGCUUCAACACAUAAAUCUUGUUAGACUUCUUGGGUUUUCGCUACAAGGAGAAGAGAAGUUACUCGUCUAUGAGUUUGUUUCAAACAAAAGCCUCGAUUAUUUCCUCUUCGACGCUACGAAGCGAAAUCAGUUGGACUGGACAAAGCAACGCAACAUCAUCGGUGGGAUUACUCGAGGGAUUUUAUAUCUUCAUCAAGAUUCACGGCUCAAGAUUAUACAUCGUGAUCUCAAAGCGAGUAACAUUCUCUUAGACUCUGAUAUGAAUCCCAAAAUUUCUGAUUUCGGAAUGGCAAGGAUCUUUGGAAUGGACCAAACUGUAGCCAAUACAGGCAGAGUAGUUGGAACCUUCGGUUACAUGUCUCCCGAGUAUGUGACACAUGGCCAAUUCUCGAUGAAAUCAGACGUCUAUAGCUUUGGAGUAUUGAUUCUUGAGAUCAUAAGUGGCAAAAAGAAUAGCAGCUUCUACCAAAUGGAUGGUUUAGUUAACAAUUUAGUCACAUAUGUCUGGAGGCUAUGGGAGAAUAAGUCAUUGCAUGAGCUUAUAGAUCCCGGCAUCAGAGAUGAUUUUAAAACCGAUGAAGUGAUUAGAUACAUUCAUAUUGGGCUGUUAUGUGUUCAAAAAAAUCCUGCAGAUCGUCCAACAAUGUCUACAAUUCACCAAAUGGUCACAACCAGCUCAAUUACUCUGCCUGUGCCUUUGCCACCUGGAUUUUUCUUUAGGAACGAACAAGGAUUGAACCCAUUAGGCCAGAGAUUGGAGCCGGGUCAAUCGACCAGCAAGUCUUUUGCUUGUUCCGUUGAUGAAGCAACAAUCACUGAUGUUAAUCCUCGUUGAAAAUUCAACAUGUUCUGUAUCUGUUUUUUCUUUUCUUGCUUUCCACAAAGGCUUGUCACUUGAUUUAUGUUCGUAUAUUGAAAAGUGUUUUCUGACGAGGUCA